AUGGCCUAUGAAGGAGAAGAGAAAAAUGAUCAAUUCAAUGUCAACCAAGAUGCAUUCUUCACAGACAGACAAUAUCAUCAAACAGGUCAAGCACAAACCAGUAAAAAUAACAGGCAAAGUAAGACAUGUUAUAUAUGUGGCAAAGAAGAAUGUCGUUCAGGGAAGCAUACCAAUGAUGAACGCGAAGGAUCUAAGGCAAAGUUUCGAACUUCACUUAAAGAAAAGUUAGGGUCUCGAUUUGUUGACGGCAAUUGCUUCAAUAAACGAUAUAAACAAUAUAUAGUUGACUGUGAAGGUGAUGAUGAAUCCUACGCAGAUAGCGACGAAUUUGAAGACGCCUUUCAAGCUUUGGAGAUUGAAAUACAAGGUAAUAACAUCAAUGCUCGAGAAAUAGACGAAACAGACGUCUUCUUGACUUCAUUCGGCAACAUCAGUUGCACCAUUUGCAAAUAA